GUUACUGGUCCACAUUUUCUUAGUUACUGGAUACAAUUUAAAUGUCUGUUGUUAAUUAAUAUGUGGUUCAAAUAGAAAUGGGUUGUGGGGAUUAAAUCUGUUCUACUCGGAUAGUAUUUAAAGGACAAUUGGCUGCUGAGAAUUAACAGCAAGCAGACUGUAAGCGGGUGAGGAAAGGUGAGAUACGGGGCUUGAAUUCUCCUUCUUCCCAUGGAUGAACUUUCAGCUCAUCAACCUCUUCUUUCGACUGGAGCUUUAGAAACUGAUAAUGUCAAGAAGAAACCUUUCUUGCUACUUCUGAUCAAAAGGACUCUCAAAGUUCUAUUGUGGGUUGUUUUCCUUGCUUGGGUUACCAUUAUGUUUCUCUAUCCGGCUGAAUUCAUGCAGAAACUCCAACGGAAAUGGAUUCUGGCCACAGAAGGAACAGUUUUUGGCAUCUCAGGGAGUAUAUUUCUGAUGUUCAGUGGCCCAAUUCUCAUCAUUGCAAUUCUGUCCUUCGCAUAUAUAAUUGUCUCUGCUGGCGAAGAGGAUUACAGAGAGAAGAAGGGGUCUAAAAAAUUUCCAAGGUUUCGCUUGUCGACAUUUCCUGUGUUGGUGGAAGGGCCAUUUGGGGUUGUUUCUGCGGCUGAAUUGAUAGGAAUACUCCUCUUUACUGCAUAUGUUAUAUGGGCUCUUUGUGCUUAUACUUUUCAGGAUCUGAACUUGUUAUCUAAGUUCGAGAUUCCUUCUAAAGAGAAGAGCUAUUUUAUGUUAGAACUAUCUGGACUACGGUUGGGAACUAUUGGAUUAUUUUGCAUGGUAUUUUUAUUUCUACCCAUAUCAAGAGGGUCAAUUCUUCUUCGUCUUGUUGAUAUUCCUUUUGAGCAAGCUACUAGAUAUCAUGUAUGGUUGGGACAUCUUACAAUGGUUCUCUUUACCCUACAUGGACUAUUCUAUAUGGUCGCAUGGGCAUUGCAAGGCAAGCUUUUAAGAGAAAUAUUUCAAUGGAAGGACAUUGGUGUUGCUAUUUUUCCUGGGGUUAUCAGCCUUGUAUCUGGGUUGUUCCUAUGGGUGACCACAUUAAAUCCACUAAGAAGGAAAUAUUUUGAAUUGUUCUUCUAUACCCAUCAAUUGUAUAUUGUUUUUGUUGUCUUCUUGGCUUUGCAUGUUGGAGAUUUUAUUUUUUGCAUAGUUGCUGGAGGGAUAUUCUUGUUCUUGCUUGAUCGCUUUUUAAGAUUCUGGCAAUCACGAAAGUCGGUUGACAUAAUUUCAGCUACAUGCUUUCCAUGUGGAACUGUGGAGUUAGUCCUUUCAAAACCUAAAAAUAUGAGAUACAAUGCUCUAAGUUUUAUUUUUCUUCAAAUGCGGGAAUUAUCUUGGCUUCAAUGGCAUCCUUUUAGUGUUUCUUCUAGUCCGCUAGAUGGUAAAUAUCAUCUUUCGAUUCUCAUAAAGGUUCUUGGGGAGUGGACAAGGAACCUAAGAGAUAAUAUCUUGAAUAUUCCUGAGGGACAUCAAGAAGAAUUUCCCUUUCAAGCUCAUUCUAAGACAAUGGCUUUUGUUGAGGGCCCUUAUGGGCAUGAAUCAGCAUAUCAUUUGAUGUAUGAAAACCUUAUUUUAGUUGCAGGAGGCAUUGGCAUUUCACCAUUUCUAGCAAUUUUGAGGGAUAUUCUCCAUCGUAUCAAGGAUCAAAAUUCUUGUUUGACAAAAAGAAUUGUAAUUGUUUGGGCUGUUAAAAAGUCAAAGGAACUUUCACUUCUUUCUUCUAUUGAUGUGGAGUCAAUAUGUCCAUCUUUCUCUAAUAAGUUACAACUAGAUUUUCAAACUUACAUCACACAAGAGUUGGAGCCCACAUUGGAAGAGGGUAAACUUUUACAGAUCACAAAAUCUCAUCUCUUCCCAAUGUCUAAUGCGAGUAGCAUUUCUGGUUUGGUUGGAACAGGAAACAACAUAUGGUUUGGAAUCUAUAUUAUCAUAUCUAUAAUUGGCUUUGCUCUAUUGCUUGGUUUGAUGGAUCUAUUUUAUAUAAAGCCUUUCAGCAUAACAUGUUGGUGGUUCAAAGGGCUUCUAUUCGUGGUUUGUAUGAUUACUAGUGUUUUUGUCUUUGGAGGCCUUGUCGUCAUCUCAUGGCAUAUAUGGGAAAGAAGUUCAAGCAAUGAGAAAUGUGUGGUUGAUAAAGCAAAUGGUGAUGCAGAAAAGUAUAAUAAUCCAAUGGUACACUCUGAUGCAUGUGAAAGAAAUCAUUUUAGUUUAGGAAAAACUCAAUAUGGUCAGAGACCAAACUUCAAAGAAAUUUUUGGAUCCAUUUCAAAAUGUUGGGGUCAUGUUGAUGUGGGUGUCAUUGUCUGUGGGCCUCCAAAUCUUCUAUCAAGCGUUGCCAAAGAGUGUAGAUCACAAAACAUUAGAGGAGAAUGGAAUCGGCCGUUCUUCCAUUUCCACACCCACAGUUUCGACUUAUAGAUGAUGUCAAUGGUUAUUGGCAUUUUGGAGAAUAUGGACAUACAAACCUGAGAAUCAUCACUGUGUAUAUAUAUGCAUAGUCGUAAGACAUAAAAUUAAAUCUGUAUACCCCUUAACUAUUAACUUAUCACAUACCUCAAUUUAUGUAUGAUAUUUUCCAUAGGUUUUUGUAAUA